AUGAACAGUGUGAGCGGGGGCAAGGUCUGUUGCGGUUCCCCGGGGCCCCCUGCGGCUUCCCCGUACCCCGCCUUCCGCCCGGGUGUGGGAGUGUGCCCACCCGAAACCCUCACGCCGAGCCAGCCAGCCAGCCUCAGUCAUUCGUUCCACCCCACCAGCAACCCACCACGCCCACGCCCACCCUCGCAAGACUCCAGCAAGACUCCGUCACGAACGAUGCGCCACCCCUCAGCUUGGCUCGCCAGCCUCAUCAUAUCCUCGCUCGCCGUCACCCGGCCCGUCUCCGCCCAGGCCGCCGCGGGCAACACGACCAGUCCCAACACUCUUCCUUCUAACCUUGCCAACCUACCCGGAUUCGACCCGGCCAACAAUGGGACGAACGCAUCCAACCAUUCCCUGGCGGGAUACAACACCACCAACACCACCACCACCCCCGCCGUUCAAUCGAACCCGGGCGCGAACGUCCGAAUCCCGACGACGAUCUCGCAGGGCUGCCAGGCCUUCCUCGGCCAGCUGAAUGCCAACCCGAACAUCACCUCUUGCACGGCCCCUCUGCUGAAUGCGACGGCCUCGUUUGCCAGCGGCCCCAAGUCGGUGACCCACGACCAAGUGCAGAAGGCCUUCGACGGGCUGUGCGGCUCGAACAGCGGCUCGGGAUGCGCCCCGCACAUGAUGUACACGAUCCUCAACCAGUUCUCGAGUGCCUGCAACGCCGAGCUCCAGACGGGGGUCGAGGCGGUCCGGAUGACCUACGACGUGCUCUACAUCCUCACCCCCUAUCGGGUCGCACUCUGCUCCAAGGACCCCACCACGAGCCAGUACUGUCCCUCCGUCAUCGCAGCCGCCGUCGUCAACGGUACUACCUCCCCCUCGAGCGCCAAGUCCGCUAACUCAUCCGCCUCCGACUUCGGCGCCAUGGUCAGCUCGGUCUUUGGCGACAAGCUCGUCUCCCAGCCCUGCACCCAGUCCGUCCUGGCCGCCUACAUCGGCUUCGAACAGGCCACACCCCACUUCGGCGGCCUCUCCUCCUCGGGGUACCUCUCCGGCCAGCUCAAGCUCUGGCAGGCCGUCAGCGAGCGCUGCGGCGCACCUUUCAUCGAGGCUAUCAACCAGGAGGCCGGCAUCAUGUCCAUCCUCACUACCUCCGCUGCCGCCGCCAUCAACCUCCUUCUCACCAACUCCUACUCCUCAUUGGCUCUGGCUUCCAUUCUCUUCAUCUCAAUCAAGUCUCUCAACCUCUUCUAA